AGAAAACGCAGAGCACCGCAGGCCGAUUCAAUCCACCCAUACUCUAUACUCUAUAGCAACAGCCAGGGCGAGUCAUUUUCGUCCAACUCUCUCCUCUCGCGAUCGACAGCCCCAUCUCCUCCGUUGCGAAAGCCGUGUACGGAUCGAAGAAACCCUAGAUCUGGGAUCGGGAUCUGCCGAUGGCGUGCAUCAAGAGCGCACAGCGGUCGGCGCUGGCGGCGUUCGCGCCGGACGCGCCGUACCUGGCGGCGGGCACGAUGGCGGGGGCGGUCGAUCUGUCCUUCAGCUCCUCCGCCAACCUCGAGAUCUUCAAGCUCGACUUCCAGUCCGACGCCCUCGAUCUCCCCCUCGUCGCCUCCUGCCCCAGCGCCGAGCGCUUCAACCGCCUCUCCUGGUCCAAGCCCGCCGCCUCCGCCGACUACUCCCUCGGCCUCGUCGCCGGCGGCCUCGGCGACGGCAGCAUCGGCCUCUGGAAUCCGCUCAAGCUUAUCAGUUCACAGGAUCAAGAAGGUGCUUUUGUCGCACGGCUGGAGAAGCACACCGGACCGGUGAGGGGUUUGGAGUUCAGCGUGCUUUCGCCGAACUUGCUCGCCUCGGGGGCUGAUGAAGGGGAGCUUUGCAUCUGGGAUCUGGCAAAUCCUCCUGAACCAAAUCUCUUUCCUUCCCUCAAGAGUGUUGGCUCCGGUUCUCAGACGGAAGUCUCUUUUGUAUCUUGGAAUCCCAAGUUCCAGCACAUACUUGCAUCCACUUCUUACAAUGGGAUGACUGUUGUUUGGGAUUUAAGACAACAGAAACCUGUGACGAGCUUUUCAGACUCGAAUAGAAGGAGAUGUUCUGUUCUGCAAUGGAAUCCUGAUAUUUCCACACAACUAAUUAUUGCAUCUGAUGAUGACAGUUCGCCUUCUCUAAGAGUUUGGGAUGUUAGGAAAACAAUAUCACCUUUAAGAGAAUUUGUGGGCCAUACAAAAGGUGUGAUUGCCAUGUCAUGGUGCCCUUAUGACAGUUCAUUUUUGCUUACAUGUGCUAAGGACAACAGAACUAUUUGCUGGGAUACAGUAAAUGGGGAGAUUGUAUCUGAACUGCCAGCAAGCACCAACUGGAAUUUUGAUGUUCACUGGUACCCAAAAAUACCAGGAGUCAUAUCAGCGUCUUCCUUUGAUGUGAAAAUCGGGAUUUACAAUAUUGAGGCUUGCAGCCAAUAUACAGCUGGAGAGGGAGGCUUUAGUGCUCCAGCACGAUUGAGAGCUCCAAAGUGGUUGAAAUGUCCGACGGGUGCGUCUUUUGGUUUUGGAGGCAAGUUUGUUUCAUUUCAUUCCAGUCCGUCAGCGCCAGGUGCACCAAAUUCUAGUUCCGAGGUUUAUGUGCAUAACUUAGUUACUGAACAUAAUUUGGUUAGCCGUUCAACUGAGUUUGAAGCUGUGAUACGAGAUGCAGAGAAAACUUCACUUCGUGCUUUGUGUGAUAGGAAGUCACAGGAAUCUCUAUCUGAGGAUGAAAGAGAAACUUGGGGCUUCUUGAAAGUUAUGUUUGAGGAAGAGGGUACAGCUCGGACGAAAUUACUUGUUCAUUUUGGUUUCAAUGUACCUGAGGAGGGAACCCAGAAUGCAUCUGAUGAUCUAAGUAAAAGUUUUGCUGAGACUCUUAGCUUAAAUAAUGGUACACUUGCUGAUGGGGCCGGUGAUCAGUUUGCGGUUGACAAUGGGGAAGAGUUCUUUAACAAUCCUCCAUCUUCUGAUGAUAGCUUCUUGACUGAAGAAAAGGACUCCAAUAACGGGAGGCAGAUUAAGAACGAGCCUGAAGAACAUCUGGUGACUUCUGAUCCUUCCAUUGAUGAUAGUAUCCAACGGGCAUUGGUUAUUGGAGACUAUAAAGGAGCAGUGAUGCAGUGUAUUGCUGCAAAUAGAAUGGCUGAUGCUCUGGUAAUUGCACAUGUUGGGGGGACCUCAUUGUGGGAAAUCACUCGCAAUCUGUAUCUUAAGAAUAGCAUCUCACCCUAUUUAAAGGUUGUUUCUGCAAUGGUGAAUAAUGAUCUUAUGGCCCUUGUCAGUACCAGGCCACUUAGCUCAUGGAAAGAAACUCUUGCUCUUCUUUGCACUUUCGCCCCAAGGGAGGAAUGGACUGUCCUUUGUGACACUCUCGCUUCAAGACUUAUGACUGUAGGAAAUACGCUUGCUGCAACUCUCUGCUAUAUCUGUGCUGGAAAUAUUGAGAAAACUGUAGAAAUUUGGUCUCGCAGCCUAAAGUCGGGAAGUGGAGGAAAGGCGUAUGUUGACCUUCUACAGGAUUUAAUGGAGAAGACUAUAAUCCUUACCCUAGCAACAGGACAUAAGAGAUUUAGUACACCCUUGUCUAAACUCGUGGAGAACUAUGCUGAAUUGCUGGCUAGUCAAGGGCUUCUUACAACUGCAAUGGAGUAUUUGAAGCUUUUGGGAUCAGAAGAAUCUUCCCAUGAGCUAGCAAUUUUAAGAGAUCGAAUUGCUCUUUCAACAGAUAGUGAUAAAUAUGCAGCCAAAAGUGUGGCCUACGAAAGCCCUGCAACCCAUACUGGAUCUUUUUACGGUGCAGAUCAAUCCAGUGUUGGUGUUGCUGACCACUCUCAACAAUAUUAUCAGACCCCACAGCAGCAGAAUGUUCCUGGUAGUCCCUAUGGGGACAACUACCAACAAUCGUUUAGCUCCUACGGAGGAUAUCAACCUGUUCAACAGGACCAGCAGUUCCAGGAAUAUAGCAAUCCUGCGCAGUUUCAACCUGCACAGCCCACCCAGAUGUUUAUCCCCUCGCAGAUGCAACAGCCCCCGCAGCCAACUUUUGUACCACCUCCUGCACCACAGCCUGCUGUAAAAACCUUUGUCCCUUCAAGCUUGCCCAGUCUCAAAAAUGCGGAUCAGUAUCAGCAACCCAGCUUGGGUGCUCAACUUUAUCCAGGAGUCACAAGUGCCACCUACCAACCUGGACCACCUGUAUCUGCUCCUCAUAGUGCUGGUGCAUCUCUAGCGGGACCUGUUCCUAGUCACAAGUUCCCACAAGCUGUUGCAACUAAUCCAGUAUCUAGAUUUAUGCCUGUUAGCAAUCAAGGGUUUCCUCAGAGACCCGGCUUGAGCCCUGCACAACCUUCUAGUCCGACUCAGCCAUCGCCGCAACAACCAGUCGCUGCCCCUCCCGCUCCUCCACCUACUGUGCAGACAGUAGAUACAUCAAAUGUGGCUGCUGAGCUGAGACCUGUUAUUGCUACGUUGACUAGACUGUAUGAUGAGACCUCAAAAGCUCUUGGUGGACCGCAAGCUAAUCCAGCUAAAAAGCGUGAAAUAGAGGAUAAUUCAAGGAAAAUCGGGUCAUUAUUUGCAAAACUUAACAGUGGGGACAUAUCUCCAAAUGCUGCAUCAAAGCUCAUUCAGCUGUGCAGUGCACUUGAUGCUGGGGAUUUUGCUGCUGCAAUGCAUCUCCAGGUGCUCUUGACGACGAGUGACUGGGACGAGUGCAACUUCUGGCUUGCGGCACUGAAGCGCAUGAUCAAGACAAGGCAGAGCUUAAGAUUAUAAGUUGCUAGCGCCGCCUCUCUGCUGUAUACAUUAUCCUGGCGUUUUCAGCAUAGAAAGUUUCUCCCUUCUAGUAGUUGAUAGGGUUUAUCUAUUAGGUUCUCAUUGACCUGUCUGCAGCAUUCUCUUCCACCGGGCUGCUGAAGACCCCUCGCCUUGCCAUAAAAUGUCUUUAGUUAUGAUCUGAGUGAACCAGUUCUCUUUGUUGGGUUGCUGAUUGUUUUUGAAAUUUGUUGUAAGUGAACAUUUAGUCUGUCCUGUGAAUUUCUACUAUAUCUUUCUCUCUUUGUUUUUUUUUUUCCUGUUUCCAUAGUUUUGAUAUUAAGCUAUUUUGUAGAACAGCAGGGUUGUCUCAAGAAAGAUUGAUCUCUUUGUUCGAAAUCUAUGUGAACAUGUUUUCAUGCUGCU